AUGGACUCAGUCCUAUCAAAUUCUCAGGGAGCUCGCUCCCAAUCUCAGAUCCCAUCGGAUCAAAUCACUUCGGAUGUCAGCAGUGCCAAAACUGCAGACACAUCGAAAAACCCGAUCACCUCGCCAACUGGCAGCAGCCAAACUGCUAGUAGAUCGAGCGUCCUGAUCGAUCCGGUUAUCACCUCCGCGGCAGCGAACUCGAAUGUUCCAGCCCGCGUGAAACCAUCGGUGAUCAACCUCGUCACUCCUGUGAUAGCCGAGAACUCGAUUCUACCGAAUCAGAUCUCGCACGCAAUUGAGAAACCUCAUUUGCGGAUUCGGGUCAAAUCUAAAGAUUUCCCGAUUACCUCGACACCGAUCAGUCGGAAAUCUCCGACGCAAACUGUGUCAACGUCGUUUGCCUUGGCUCGACCGAAUCCGGACGACCAAGCCCGAAUCAAGCGAAUGCUCACCGACCUGAUUAACAGUCAAUACGACCAAAAAAUCAGGUUGGAAAAAUAUGAACGAAGUCUUGCUGAGCUACGGACGAUUAUAAGUCCUCCUCCGGGAACUCAGCUCGACUCUUCACCAAUCUACAAACCUAACAGCUCGUCGAAACGGGAUGAGGCGCCACUGCGCGCUCAUGUCUUCCAGACUCUCGUCCCACCGAUGAGCUCGCCAAUGAGCAGCUUGAACAUUCCAGAUUCAAGCAAAUCGGAGAUAGGAUCUCAGCCAACAGAGCGACUUCCAUCUCCACCUCCAAAGCUAUCACGUAUCGAGCCAACUAUAUUUAGAUGGCCCGAAACUAUGGCUUCCAACUCAAGCUUGCAGGCGAUGUCUCAGCUCAAAAAUCAGUCCGAUGAAAUUUUGAGCUCGCAGCUCCCUGCAACAGCUCGAACUGUUGUGAACGGAAACUAUCAACAGUUUCCGCAACAAAUGAUCUAG